AAAACAUCAUAUGUAUAUAACAUGACGAAAAUAUGACCACACUUUCUGAAUUCUUCUUCCCCCCCAUCAUCAUCUUCUCUCUCCUCUCUCUUUCUAUAUCUCUCUGCAUUUGAAACCUCCAUUAUAUUUCUCCACGAUUCUUUAACAAUUAUAUUCUAUGUUUAAUUUAGCUCCCUGAAUUGGUUCAAUCUUUGAUUCUUUUUUUUUUGCGAGAGAAACCAUGAGGAGACGAGUUGGAGGAAGGGGAGACGGGGAAGAGGCGGAGAUUGAUCGCCUCCCCAUUGACCUCUUGGCUCAUAUAUUAACUCUUCUCACCUGCUUCAAAGAUUUGGCUCAGGCGAGCAGUGUUAGCCGGAAAUGGAGGCAGGGAGUUCAAGAAUCGUUGGCGAGGAGACAAAGACUGAGCUUUUCCGGCUGGAAAGUGGAUGAUGAUUCCGCCACUCGCCUUGUUCUCCAUGCUUACAGUCUUAAAGAACUUGAUAUUUCAAGGAGCUGUUGGGGUUGCCAGAUAACAGAUCACGGGCUGUAUCAAUUGUCUAUGGCGAAAUGUAUUAGCAAUCUGUCGUCGGUGUCUCUGUGGGGAUCGACGGGGAUCACAGACACAGGUGUUGUUCAACUGAUCUCGGGAGCUCGCUCUCUACAACAUCUGAAUAUUGGUGGUACAUUUAUAACAGACACAUCCUUGUUCGCCAUUGCAGACAGCUGCCCGCACUUGAAGACUAUUGGUCUAUGGGGUUGUCGCCAUGUAACUGAGAGUGGACUCAUAGCACUUGUAAAUAAAUGUCGCAAGCUUGAAUCGAUUAAUGUUCGGGGGAUGAGGGUAUCUGUGGAUUGCUUCAUUGUUUUGCUUACCAUAAGCCCAGCUCUUCAGAUAGAACCCAAAGGAUUGAUGCCAAGCAUUGACAGGCUCUCACUUGUCUUUUAACCUGCCUAUCAGCAGUGAUCAAAGUUCCUACCCAUUCUGUGCAUAUAAGAUUGAUUGAUGCUUCAAGUAUGAUAUUUUCAAUUAAUUUGUACAGAUUGUUUCUCCAUUUCUUUGUUCUAUUGGUAUCCCCUAAUUCCAAUAAAAUGUGUAAGCAAACAGAUGCAGCCCUGUGUGAUGUAAAUAUUUGCAAAUUCAGACCUUGGGUUUCUGUUAUAUUUCUGAAAUGAAAUCUCUAUUGGCAAUCCA